AUGGCACUGCGCGCCCUCAUCUUCAGCGUCCUCGUCGCGGCCGGCGCAGCGCUGCUCGGCGGCGACGAGCGGGCCGAGGUGCGCCGGCGGCUCCCGGCGGCAGACUCGCUCUCGGCGCGGCGCGCCCGGCUGCGGCGCCAAAUCAACGCGACGAGCUUCCGGCGCCCCUUCGACGCGACGCGCUGCGGCGGCGGCCACGUCGCGGCGACGCGGCGCCUCAAGCUGUGCGUCGUCGAAUCCGAGUGGACGCAGGAAUUCGUCAUGCGCGUGAACUCGACGGUGGGCUGGGAGCCGCGCACGCGGGCCCUGCUCCGGCGCCUGCUCCAGCAGACGACGGGUACGGUCUUCGAGGCCGGCGCGCACGUCGGCGACCAUCUGCUGCCCCUCGCGGCCGCGUUCCCGAACCUGCGGUUCGUCGGCCUGGACCCGGACCCCUCGAAGGUCGCCUUCGUCGAGCGCAUGGUCGCGGCGAACGCGCUCGCGAACGUCCGCGUCAUCACCGCGGCGCUCGACGCGGCGCCGCGCGACGACUGCGGUCUGGACCGGAGCGACGCCAACGCGGGCGCGUGGCGCGUGGGCGGCAACGGCACGGGCGCGUGCACGACCAUCGACGCCGUGCUCGCGUCGGCCGACGACGUCGGGCUCGUGCACCUCGACCUCGAGGGCUUCGAGUACCGCGCGCUUCUGGGCGGGAACGCGACGCUCGGCCGCGCGCCGAACGUGCUCUUCGAGAACGACCACCUCGACGAGGGGGGGCGGAUCUACGACCACCUCGAGGCCAUGGGCUUCGCGAAGUUCGACGAGGUCGAGCACAACGAGCUGUGGCGCUGGGCGUCGCUCGUCCCGGACGAGGAGGACGACUACCGGUAA